AUCAGUACAGUGGCCAUUGGACCACAAGGGAAUAUGACUGAUGAGACGAAUGCAGUAGAAGCCAUGGGAAACAUGAUGUCAAUCAAUCUUGCAGGUGUUGCUAAAAACAACAAUGGAUCCGCUUCUGCAGGUCUGACGUUAGUCAGUGGGAUUGAGAAGCUCAUGAGCCCCAGUUUCUUCAAGAGUGAAAAUGUCACAGAGAUGUAUUCUGACAUCAUCAUUGCCACACUGCCUAAGACCAGACACGUGGAGCUCCCUGAACCUGUCAACUUCACUAUGUACAACAAGGACAGAACUGGGCCUGUCAUGAAGUUCCAGGCUGGGCUGGUUACCUGUGUGUACUGGAAGGAAAAUGGGAAUGAGACACACUGGUCAGUGGAGGGGUGCACAGCCUCCUUCUCCAACGAGACCCACACAGUAUGCACCUGUACCCACCUCUCCACAUUCGCCGUCCUCCUGCAGACGGGGGGACAGGAUAAUGAAGAGGAUGAUCCUCUGCUGGAGAUGGUAGACCUGUUCUGUAUGUGUGUGGGUCUGACCUUCCUCGCCCUCGCCAUCCUCACAUUCCUGCUGUGCACAUGGAACCCUAAGGUCAACAACACCGCCCGCCUCCACCUCUGCAUCUGCCUCUUCUUGGGUCACCUGCUCUUCCUGGUGGGCGUGUCUCGCACCGAGAAUGCUGUGGUGUGUGCAGUCAUUGCAGGCUUGCUGCACUUCAUCUUCCUGUCAGGCUUUGUGUGGAUGUUCCUGGAGACUGUGCAGCUGUUCCUGCUGGUCAGAAGCCUGACCAAAGUACAGGUCAUCCAGAAGGAGGGGCUGAAGACACUGUACCUCCUGCUGAUUGGCUAUGGAGCUCCCACGGUGGUGGUGGGAGUGUCUGCAGCGGUGUUUCCAGGCGGUUAUGGCAGCAAAAACACGUGCUGGUUGAGCCAAAAACGAUAUUUCCAGUGGAGUUUCAUUGGUCCAGUGGGUGCCAUUCUCACAAUGAACUUGGUCUCAUUUUGUGUGAUCCUCUGGAGCCUGCGGCCUACUCUAGCCAACAUGAAGAGUGACGUCUCCCAGUCAAAAGACACCAGGCUGAUUAUCUUCAAAAUUGUUACCCAGUUUUUUGUUUUGGGGUGUGGCUGGAUCCUGGGUUUUUUCCAGAGCAGCACUUUAUUAAAAUACCUCUUCAUCAUCCUCAACUCACAGCAGGGCACCUUCAUCUUCAUCGUUCACUGUUUGCUCAACAAAGAGGUGCGAAAGGAGUACAGGAGGUGGUUCUCAUGUCUGUUUAGAAAAGAGGGACCGCCAGGAGACAAUGCUACUAAAGACACUGUGAACGAUGAAUCCCAACCCACAAAAGACAUGGACAAGGCAGAUCACCAUCAUUGAUAAGGAACUGAACAACUGAAACUUUUUUAUGGAACUGCAUACUUUUUAAUAUAUCAGACAAUGAAUUCAUUUGAGUAUUCUUUUGGACUACUAAUGCAAUUUUUGCAGCAAGUGCACAUUAUUAUCAUGUACUAGUACAGUGGUUAUAAUAUACUUAGAGGCAAUAACCUUAAUGUGAAGAAGUUCCAAUCUUCGUUUUGAAAAAGAGUUAAUUUAAUUGCUUUUGGCAUGAAAAUGUUCUGUAUUGACACUAGUCUGAAUUUUGUGAUCCAAUGUGAUUUGGAAGAAAGGUGCAGCUUCAGGAAUCCAAGGAGACCAGAUACAAAAUUUGUGGCCAUCUCUGCCAAACUCCAGUUGUAAUGACUAAUCCUGGUGUCACCAUGCUGUGACACAAUGAGAAGUCACAGUUUGCUGUGAAUAUGAAAUGAACAUAUAACACGCACAACUAGGAGUGAUGCAAGGUCUCCACAAUGUUAGUUAUUCAGUCAUAUAGACUGAACUAUAGAUAUAGCUGCAUAUGCUUGAAUAGGUAAUUAGUCACAUGUAAAUAUUUUUGAUUUACAAGUUUAGUAAUACAGGAUAAACAGCUGUCAGAGAAAAGAAGACUUGUGUAUUAAAUAAAUGCUAAAUAAAGAUUAUAUAUUCUUCUGUGGAA